UUGAGGCGUGGGCUGAUAUUCCAGCUGAUAUGAUCAUUAAUUCAUUUAAAAAAUGUGAUAUUCUUCACAGUAUUGAAACAGAAUUAGAGAAACAAAUAGUAAUUUCAGUAGAUGAUGAAAAAAAUUACCUGAUCAUCUAUAUUGAAAAUCUGCCUGAGUACUG